AUGCAUACUUUAUCCUACUCCUUCAUUAGAUGGUUUUCCUUGUCCCUGUUAUUAUGGAAUAAUUGUGAAUAUGUGAUUCAGUAUAACUUUGAGGAAGCAUGGAAUGACGGAGUCCGUUGGAAAAAUGCGUCGAACGUACGCUGUAUCCGAAUAUUAAAAGAGGAGGGGAAUAAAUCAGUGGACAUGGAUGAUAACUUUUCCUCAUUAGAGGAAAUUAUGUUUGGAAUAAUUAGUGGCGAUGAAGGUAACGUUGAAGAAGGAACCAAAAUAUUUUUAGACAAGGAGCCUCUCAUGGGAAAAGUGAAGAAUGGAGUGACGAAAGGGAAAUUUCAAGGAGGAAUUUCUUCCUUAGCAGGAAGUGGUCAACAUAAACCAAAUAAGGUCUUCCUAGCUAAGGGUGGAAGGUAUGCAUUCGAUAAAUGCAACAAAAGGUUGAGUAACAAUGAUUCAGAUGAUUAUGAUGAUGAUGACGAUUAUGAUGAAAAAUAUGAGAACCGAAAAUAUGAAGACAGAAAAUAUGAAAACGGAAAAUAUGAAAAUAGAAAAUAUAAGAACGGAAAAUAUGAAAACGGAAAAUAUGAAAACGGAAAAUAUGGAAACGGAAAAUAUGAAAAUGAAAAAUAUGAAAACGGAAAAUAUGAAAAUGGAAAAUAUGAAAAUGAAAAAUAUAAGAACGGAAAAUAUGAAAACGGAAAAUAUGAAAAUGGAAAAUAUAAAAACGGAAAAUAUGAAAAUAGAAAAUAUGAGAACAAAAAAUAUGAGGAAAAGGAAGAGUAUGACUACAAAUAUGGGGAUGGUCGCAAACACCGUCCUAAUGAUAGGGACAACUGCAAAUAUAGCUAUGAUCCGUUUGAUCGUGAUGAUUGUGAUAAUCCUGCAAAUCGAACUGAUGGCGAUGUUCGUAACCAUAGCCAUGGUGGUCUAUAUCUUAAAGGUACAAACUAUAUUGAAUUUCGGGAUGAUCGGCGUGAUCGAAGGAACAAAAAAUAUCGAAAUACAUAUGAUGCAUAUUAUAAAUAUGAUAGUGACGAAGAUGAUCAUGAUAAUUAUGAUAGUAGUUAUAGAAAACCUUCAAAUAAUAAACAAUAUACAUUCGAUAAUAAAGGAAAUAAGUUACCAAGAAAAUAUCCUGCCCAAAACCAUUGUCCUAAACCAUGGAAUGACAAAUAUGGAAAUGUGAACAAAGCUGGGAAAAAACAUGUUCCAAUGAAUCUAGACGACCGUGCCAAAAAAUUACCCAGUUUAUUAAAGAACAAUUUUAGUAAUUCAGGAGGAUACAGUUCAAGAAGGUAUUAUUGGGAUGAUAAUUAUGAUGACAACAAUGAUGAUAACGGCGAUCAUGAACGAUAUGUUGAAUCAAAAUAUUAUGAUCCUCAUAAUAAAAAAUCUUGGAAUUCUCAAUUUUGUCUACAACCUGGGCAACCGCAAUUAGGUCCACAAUCCGGACGACCUGGACAACCCCAAUUUGGUCUACAAGCCGGACAACCCCAAUUUGGUCUACAAGCUGGACAACCCCAAUUUGGUCCUCCAGGUAAACCAUCUCUUAUGGAACCAAACAAAGGUAGUACUUCUCAGCAGAAGCCAAAAGGAAAACUAGCUAGAUUUUUUAAUGGAAUUACACAUUUUGUAAAACGAUCAGAUGCAAUGUAUGAAGCAGAGCUGCUGAAGGUAAUGAAACUUUUUUCUAGUACCAAAAACAACAAUGAAGCAAAACUUGGAACGAAUAAAAGAACUGUUAACAAAAUAACAGUCAUUUCUCCAAUUCUCACUGUGGCUACCAUUUUCAUAUUAUUUGCCAUUCAUUCAGAAAUUGUAGGUAUGAUUGUAUCAGCUGUAUUGUUUGUUUUAUCAUCCAUAUACGUUUACUAUAAGUAUAGGAAAUGCAAAUUUAUGCUCAAAGUUUACAGUAAAAACAACGAUCUUCAAAAUGCUUUUGAACCCGGCCCCCCUCCACAAAUUACCUAUCAACCGAAUGUCUAA